AUGACGCUUGCACACAAGAACGGUCUCGCGCUCGAAUAUGCGACUGUCGAGGACGCCGAAGCAAUCGCGCCGCUCUUCUUCCUCUCAUUCCACGACCAUGCCUAUUUCAGACGUAUGAUGCCCGACUCUGCAGAAGGUCGAGAUGCUUGGGCAGACUUGUUUCGCUUUGCAUGCAAAGAUCCAUAUACCGUUUGCUUGAAAGUCACAGAUGAAAAGACUGGAGAAAUAAUCAGUCAUGGGAGAUGGGUGAGGCCUAAGAAACGGGUUGAAGAUGAGCAGCCAGGACAUGAAGAGCAGAGAUGGAGUGCUCUUGAUCCGUAUCUGGACACAGAGACUGCGGAUGCACUUUUCGGGUCUUUUGCCAGGAACAGACAGGAGAUGAUGGAGGAACGGAGACAUUAUUAUAUGGAACUCCUCAUGACUGCCGGGAAGCACAAGGGCCGUGGCGCAGGUGGAUUAAUCUUGGAAUAUGGUACUGAAUUGGCAGACGAGGAACAGGUGGAGUGUUAUAUUGAUGCUAGUCCAGCUGGAAGACCUCUGUAUGAGCGACACGGCUUUGUGUUCAGCAAGCAAGAGAAGCUGCCCAUGGACUAUCACUACAAUUUUGGCAUCAGAAAGUCAAAGGCGGAAAAGAAGUAG